UAUACCGGAACAACUUAUCUGACCAAUAAUUAAUAUACAAGAAUAAUAUUUAUUAUGCAUUAAACUAUAUACCUAGUAUAACAACUUACACUCUUUUCAUUUAAUUUCUUUCGUUUAACUAAUACUAAUAUUUAAAUUAUUUGCUCUAAAUAAUAAAUUUCCAAAUUAAAUUGGCACGGGUAGAAUAAAUAUGGCUAAAUUCAACAGGAAACUUCAAGUUACGGUAAGACCACAGAAGAGACCAAAUUUACCUAAAGCUGCCGUCAAUAUAUUAACUAGAUGGCUUGAAGAAAAUUGCACCAACCCCUAUCCAUCCGAAUCAACAAAGAAAAUUUUAAUGGAAGUUACAAAUCUUACUAAAAAUCAAAUUUACAAUUGGUUCAUAAAUAGCCGUCGUAGAAUUCUUCCAAACAUUUUAAAGGAAAAGGAUAUAGACAAAAGUCUAAUACUAUUGAAAAUUAAAAAGUUUACGUGUUUCACUCGUAACAGUUUUGCUCACCAUUUUGAAAAGAAAACUCAAUGCAAAACCACCAAAAAAUUGCUUGAAUCAGAAACUAAUAUUGAACCCAAAAACGAAGAUUACAAUUUGCAAUUACUUGCGGAAGUGGCUACUAAAUUGCCAAGAAUCACAUGUACAUCAUAAUAUACAUUAUAUAAGUAUACAUUAUUUUCUAUGUACGGUUAGUCAAUAGGUUCAUAAUAUUAUUAUAAGCAUUUAUUUGUUUUAAUUAUAAGUGUAUUUAUGUUAAGUACAAUAAAUUAAUUACCUACGAUUGUUACCUUAUUAGUUAAUACUUAGAUAAUAUUGGUACCUACCUUAGUAUCUUUAUAUAAAAGAGAACAGUAAGUCAUUGUGAAAUACCCAAUAAAUGUACCUACUGUGAGAAAAUGUAAAAUAAAAUAAUACUUAUUACACAUUAUAUUAUUAGGUAUGUUAUAAUG